ACCAACAAAGGUUGUCACCCGAAACCAAAGACACAUAAAGUUGGCAGCAAUUUAGUGUGAGAAGAGAAUGAGUGUGGAGGUUUUAGACGGCACGACCAUAGUGCGUUUCGUGGAGGACGAGGAAGCGUUCGGAGAGUGUGUGAGGGAGCUGUUCUGGCAGCUGGACACGGACAAGGAUGGUGUUCUGUCGUACGCGGAGAUGCUGAAGGAGUUGCAGAGGAUGAGGGUGUUGGAGAUUCAUUUUGGCGUGGACGUGAAGCAUGAGCCUGAGGAAGUGGCACGUGUAUACGAGUCUAUGUUCUUGCAAUUCGACCAUGAUCUGAAUGGAAGGGUUGAUAUGGAAGAGUUCAAGGAGGAAACGAAGGAGAUAAUGCUUGCCAUGGCCAAUGGGCUUGGGUCUGUUCCUGUUCAGAUGGCUCUGGAACACGAUAGUCUUCUCAUGAAGGCAGUUCAACGAGAGUGCUCCCCAAAAAUGUCUGCAUAGAGAACCAAAUCAAUAUCUGUCACUCUAUUUAUACCCGCUUUAUCAUUUAGUUUUUUUUUUUUUUCAUUCAUGCUUUCUCUUUUUUCUGUUUUUCUUUUUUAAGUGAAGUGUGAAGUUUUGUCAGAAAAUUACGGAAAUCAACAAAAUUUUAAAAAUUACGAGAUGUGUAGGUAAGUUGUCUAAGAAAUUAUAUAAAAAAAUCGUGCAUCUUCA